UCCCCGGAAGUAAACAGAGGGACUCCACGCUGCAUUGACAGAGAUGUUGUUGUUUAUAGUCCCACAGUGACACAGCGUCGCCAGGAUAUCACCACAGAUUGACUUUAUUUUUAAUAACAUUUUUCACUUCAAAUCGUCCAUCUUAUAGUUUUAUAUUCGUAGCAGUUACAGCCAUACGUUUUUUUAAUUAAAGUUUUGUGUGCUAUUUACCGGUAAGCUAGCUAACCGGCUAGUUCUCGGUGGAAGUGAGUCAGCUAAAGUUAAAAACAAGUUAACUACAGUUGUCAUUUUUGUUGCCAUGGACCAAACUGACUCCUUCCCAGUGAAGCUGUACGUCUACGACCUGUCCAGAGGAAUGGCCCGACAGCUGAGCGCUGUCAUGCUGGGGAAACACCUUGAUGGGAUAUGGCACACAGCGGUUGUGGUCCAUGGAAAGGAGUACUUCUUUGUUGGCGAAGGCAUCAAUAGUUGUUUACCUGGUGGUACCCCUUUGGGUGAGCCUGACUCCGUUGUGGACCUGGGCAUCACCGAGGUUCCUGCAGAGAUCUUCAUGGAGUAUCUGACUUCACUUGCAGAGUCCACAUACAGCAGUAACAAGUACAACUUGUUCGAGCACAACUGCAACACUUUCAGCAACGAGGUGGCUCAAUUCCUAACAGGCAAAAAGAUCCCAUCGUACAUUACAGACCUUCCAUCUGAAGUACUGUCCACGCCAUUUGGCCAGGCUCUCCGUCCCUUACUGGAUUCCAUCAACAUUAAUCCUGGAGGCAGCAACAUAACCGGACAGCGAUAGACAGGGCCAUGUAUAUUAAUGAAGAUAUAUCCAUUCAAGGGUUUGAGUGAGAGUGGGACUCUUUGUGAACACAAGGGGAGUUAGUUGUCACGUUUUCCCAUCACAUCAACUCCUCGUGGUCAGUCACGCUGGCUAAAAACCUUUUUGGUUUGCCGUUCACAGCCUCUCUUCAUCAGUGGGGAUGCUGUUAAUUGCGGUUUAUCACAAUUCUCCUGACGUUUGCAAAGUUAUGCUCCAAUCUAUAUUUUAAAUGGUUGAUAAUGGGUCUUAUAAUGUCUCCAGGUGUUUCUAAUCCUCUACAUUUGUUACUGUUUAUUAACUGAUUUUACAGAACCAAUUGUCUCAAUUGACAAAACAAAUCAAGGUCAUAGUCUCAAACAAGAUUGGAGUUAAUUCAGUAGUUCAUGAGAAGUUAGCAAAAAAACAAUCCACAAUAUUAGGACAUUUGAGUCUCUCAUUUCUUCCAUGAGCAAAUUUCCCGGUCACACAAACCUACAAGAACAAAGUAUAACCUCAUGGCAGAGGUAGCAGAUGUUUUUAUUCUGAAACCACAGGGACAGGUUUCUUCCACAAUCAGCUGGGGGCCAUCUGAAAGUAGAUUCAGGGCUUUUCAGCUCACUGCUGUGCAGGCAAUGGGAUUGUUAACGCUGUCAUUUUCUGUUUUCAUUGUUUAUUUUUUCCUUCCCAGUGGACUUUAUUUUGACAGGACUGUACUAGUAGGGCAGGGUAACAGUACGUUAAAGUUCUGCUGCUGUCAGGUCUUUGUAUUUGACCGAAUGAGGUCCUGUGUUAUCUGAAAGGUGUUAAAGUUCGUUACCUCUGAGAUGCUUCAUUCAAAAACAAUCUAAUGACCACAGAGCACGUUAGUGCUACUUUAGAUAUGGGACCAAUCAUCUGUUCAUCUUUACAUCUUUCAGUUGCUUUAUUUUUGACUUUAGUUCAGUUUAUAGAGAUCAAGUGUUACAUAUCCAGGAUUUAUGUCAAAUGAUAUUGACUAUUGGAUGAUUUGUGUAGUUAGACACAGUAAAUAAUAUAAACCAGUAAAUAAUAUACACUGUAGGUGUUAGGACGACAACCACUUCACUCCACCAUGUUAUCACUAUGGUGUGACCAUUAUUCCCUCCUUAUGGAAACACAUAUUGUUGCUACCAUCCACUGUUGUUCUCAGGUUAUUCUCAUAUUAGAAAAAAAUCUUUUUUCUGUUCAUUCCUCAAUAAUCUUCCUUUGAACUAUUAUUUCUUAUCUUGAAUUUACUUGUAGCUAUUGCACAUACCCAUUAACAACGCUUAAAGCUUGUCUGCAUACAUAAGAAGAAUGAAAUGAAAUGACAUUUUCCAUAAAAAUUGUAAUUGUCUUGAAUUCCAUUGUACAAGGUCUGAAUUUUAAAAAUAAAAUAUUUAACAUGA